AUGACAACAAUAACUGAUAAACAACCUAAAGAAGCAACACUCGCACCAUCUCGACAGCUUCGCCCAAGGAAUAAAGUGGAAAACCCUCAGUUAUCAAGCAACUCCUCCUUACUAUCAUCAAAAACAACAACGACCAUUCAACAGUCGUCAAGCGAUUCUAUUGCACAAACAAACCCGAUGUUUGAUUUUGAUAUUACAACGUUAAAAUAUGAACAACAAAAGGAUAAGACCACUCAAGAUCUAACUGAACAAGUGAAAAAGAAUCCAACGAUUGCUUCAUAUGAUGUUAUUGAUGAUGUUUUAUAUAAACUUAUAUCAAGAGAUGGUGCAAAACAUAUUAAAUUACCAUUCAUACCGCAAUCAAUGAUUCCAAAUGUAAUGGCUGCCUACCAUGAUCAUCCAUCAAGUGGACAUUUUGGUAUUAAACGUACAUUGUAUAAAUUAAAAGAUCGUUAUUUUUGGCCCAACAUAAUGUCAACAAUUACAAAUUAUAUUAGAUCAUGUCAUCAAUGUGCCAAAUUUAACAUUCGAAGACGAAAACUACCGGGAAAAUUACAUCCUAUUACACCACCAGAUGGAAUCUUUGAGGUUAUCGGAAUGGACUUUUGA